GUGAAUGAAAAAAACUGUGCUUUUAUGUGAUAUUGCCCGAGACCGCUGUAAUGUAGAUCACGUCAUUACGCUCACGUGUAGCGCGUUGAAAGGUGCUUCGUGCUUUCGUGUAACGAUGGCAACGGAGCUGUCGUCCAUUGAAACAGGUUAAUGGAGCUCCUUCCGAUUCUUGAGCCUGAAGAAAAGCCUCAGAACAGACAAUGGUAUGUUGUUGUACCCACAGGUGCAGGUCCUGGUGUUUCUGUGGGUCACACAUGCACAUUUUUGCCCUCAAAGGAUGGGGGCAAGGGACGAAUCAUAGUAGUUGGAGGAGCUAAUCCUAAUGGAAGCUUCUCUGAAUCUUACGUCAUAAAUCUGGAUACUCAUGAAUGGGACAUUCCAGAUUGGGAUGGGCUGCAGGCACGUUAUGAACACUGUAGUUUUGUUACGGAGGGGGACCCGCAGGGCCUGUGGGUGUUUGCUGGGGCCGAGCAGAAUGGAAACCGCAACUGCAUUCAGAUUUUGCACACAUCAGACAAUAAUAAAGAACAUGGUUUGUGGAAGAAGGUCCAAGUGAAAGGAUCUCCUCCUACAGCCAGAACGUAUCAUACAAACUCAGCAUGUAUUGGAGACCGACUCUUUGUUUUCUCGGGAGGAGAUGCUGGCACAACACCUGUUAAUGAUUCUCAAGUCCACGUUUUUGAUACAGUCAGCGAGACCUGGAUGCAGCCGGAGACCAAAGGGACGCCUCCCGGUCCACGGCACGGACAUGUGAUCGCAGCGGUGGGAUCCAUUCUGUACGUUCACGGUGGAAUGGCAGGAGAGAAGUUUUACAGUGACAUGUUCUCAUUGGACACAGAAAAUAUGAAAUGGGAGAAGGUAAAAGCUAAAGGAGAUAUUCCUCCAGGAGUGGCAGCCCAUGCAUGUGUUACAUUCGGGAAAAACAUCUACAUCUUUGGAGGAAUGACAUCAGAAGGAGCAUCCAAUGCCAUGUAUAAGUUUCACUGUGACAAACAGCGAUGGACGCUGAUGAAGUUUGAAGGAGAUCUUCCUCCUGGCAGACUGGACCAUUCCAUGUGUUUAAUUCCUUGGCGUGUGAAGACAACAAGCGAUGAAGAAAACACGACUCAAAACUCUGAAACAGAUGUAAAACAUCUUUGCUUUGCUUUUGGAGGCAUGGACACUCAGGGUGUGAUAUUCAAUGAUUGCCUUGUUACUGUAAUUACAUGACUGUUCUGUACUAUUUAAAAUAAAUGUAUCUCCCAUAAACCUGUAUAAUUUCCUCAUUAAAGGGAUAGUUCAGCACAAAAAUUCAAAUUUUAUCAUAACUCACUUACCCCUGUGUCAUUCUAAACCACCAAGUCCUUCAAUUGUCUUCCGAACACAUUUUAAGUUAUUUUUUAUUAAAAUCAGGAGUCUUGUGACUGUCCCAUAGACUGCAUUUUGAUGUUCACAAUCAAGCCCAGAAAAGAAUGAAAGACAUCAUCAAAAAGGUCCAUCAUGUGCCAUCAGAAGUUCAAUAAUGUAACGAAGGGGCAAGAACACUUUUGUGCACAAAAACAAAAUUAUUUAACAAUUUCUUCUCCUUGGUUGUUCAAUGCAUGUUCAUGAACAGACUACAACGCAUGCGCUGUGACCGGCAGACAUAGUUGCCAACAUUUUGGUUUUUCACUAUUUUAUUUAAGCCAUUCUGCAAACAAUACUUAAACCACCUGUAUAAAUGCACAAAUUACUUUCCAGCAUAUUCUGUGUCUGUACGUUGGCAACUACGUCAGCAGCAUACGUCAUAGUCUGCUCUUGAACAACCAAGGAGGAGAAGAAAUUGUGGAAUAAAAUCGUUUGUUUUGUUUUCUUUGCACAAAAUAAAAAGUGUUCUCGUCACUUCAUAAUAUAAUUAUUGAACGACAGAUGGCACAUGGACCUUUUUGGCGAUGUCUUUCAUUUUCUGGGCUUGAUUGUGAAAAUUAAACUGAAGUCUAUUUAACCAGCACAAGCCUCAAGAGGUUUCAUCACAAAUAUCUAAAAAUGUGUUCUGAAGACACAAAGCUAGCCCUUCAAGUUCAACCUAAACCUGUAUAGCUUUUAAACUUGAGUAAUAAAAGUACCAAAUACUGUAAACUAAAUGUGGUAACAAGAAGGACAAGAACUUAAAUAAUUGCAAGGUUAACAUUUUCACUACCUUGUUUCUUGAACUGCAUGUCUACACAAUGUAUUUUU